CAAGGAUUUCUGGUCAAACUGAAUGAUAUCUGCAUUGCAGGAGGUUGCGUGUAAUCAUAUUCAGAGUCUUGGAUUUUCGACUGAUGGAUUUGGGAUGAGCUCUACGAUGCGGAAAAUGAAUCUCGUAUGGGUAACUGCCCGCAUGCAUAUUGAAAUAUACAAAUACCCAGCCUGGAAUGAUGUGGUGGAAAUAGAAACGUGGUUUCAUAAAGAAGACAGGAUCGGAACUAGACAAGACUGGAUACUCAAGGACUAUGCAAAUGGUCAAGUUAUUGGAAGAGCUACUAGCAAGCGGGUCAUGAUGAAUCAGGAAACUAGAAGACUUCAGAAGGUCAACGAUGAUAUUCUUGAUGAGUAUCUGAUUUUCUGUCAGCGAGAAUCAAGACUGGUGUUCCCAGAGGAGAACAAUGGCAGCUUAAAAAAAAUAGAUAAGUCGGAAGACCCUGGUCAAUAUUCGAGGCUGGGGCUUUUACCUAGACGAGCUGAUCUGGACAUGAACCAACAUGUCAACAACGUCACCUACAUUGGAUGGGUUCUAGAGAGCAUGCCUCGAGAAAUUAUUGACUCCUACGAACUGCAAACGAUCACGCUGGAUUACAGGCGUGAGUGUCAGCAUGACAAUGUUGUCGAUUCGCUCAGCAGUCAUGAGCCAGAUGAGAACUUGGAGGCCAUCUCGCAGCUCAAUGGAACCAACGGAUCGGCUAAGUCUCCAGCCACAGUAGAUUAUCGCCAGUUUCUCCACUUACUCAGGUUCUCUGGUGACGGCCUAGAAAUAAACCGUGGCCGCACCCAGUGGAGAAAGAAGCCUGUGAGGUAACUCGUUUUUGAUUGCACGUAAAAAAGACCAUUUGUAUUUUGUAUUUGUCAUUCCUCAUGAGGAUUUACUGCGCCGCCAAAUCUCGCUAUUGCUUGCUUGUAGUUUUCCUUCUGCAUAGAGACUGUGAUUGUUGUGCCAAGAAAAAAACGAGAGAAAGAUAUGUGUACUCUGCUAGUGUACUCUGCUAUGCUUAUCCGAGUUUGUAACCUAUCUUGCUGUGAGCAUAAGGUUUGUUCUUUUUUAUUUAAGAGGAGAAUUAUUAGAGGUA